AUGUCGUCAACUUCGAUAUCAUGCAUCACGAAACCGGGGAAGGAGCAAGUCAAAUCAGCAUCUCGGGAAGGAAAGAAGGUGCUCGCCUGCGUGAGUUGCCAGCGGCGCAAGAAGAAAUGCGACAGAAACAAUCCCUGUUCGAACUGUGUUCUGACCAAACAGCUUGGAAUUAAUUGCACGGCAAGCCGGCCAGCACCCCAUCGAAAACGACGGAGGAAAAACCAAGAGAUGGUAGAAAGGCUUGAGAGGUGUGAGGAGCUGUUGAGACAGUUAGCGGAGGGAAACAAGAAUGGCUUGACUCUUGCGGGAGAUCCCUGUGACGAGCGAAUCUCGUCUCUUGAUUCAGCCAUGAUCGAACUGCGAGAAACGCUAGAGCCUCGAGAGGAAGAUAUCGACAACUCGUCCAAGGAGGAAGUCGACAAGAAAUCACCGGAGCGGGCUACAGUUCCCUCCAUAGAUGAUCUACAACUACGCCCUGAGUCCUGA